AUGGAUCUUGACCGCUCUGUAGGACCUGAACGACCCGAACGUGACAUAAAUCUUGACCGCUCUAUAGGACCUGAACGUUACAUAAACCUUGACCGCUAUGUAGGACCCGAACGUGACAUAAACCUUGACCGCUCUAUAGGACCUGAACGUUACAUAAACCUUGACCGUAAUGUAGGACCCGAAGGUGACAUAAACUUUGACCGCUAUAUAGGACCUGAACGUUACAUAAACCUUGACCGCUUUAUAGGACCCGAACGUGACAUAAACCUUGACCGCUAUAUAGGACACGAACGUGACAUAAACCUUGACCGCUAUAUAGGACAUGAACGUUACAUAAACCUUGACCGCUAUGUAGGACCCGAACGUGACAUAAACAUUGACCGCUCUAUAGGACCUGAACGUUACAUAAACCUUGACCGUAAUGUAGGACCCGAAGGUGACAUAAACUUUGACCGCUAUAUAGGACCUGAACGUUACAUAAACCUUGACCGCUUUAUAGGACCCGAACGUGACAUAAACCUUGACCGCUAUAUAGGACACGAACGUGACAUAAACCUUGACCGCUAUAUAGGACAUGAACGUUACAUAAACCUUGACCGCUAUGUAGGACCCGAACGUGACAUAAACAUUGACCGCUCUAUAGGACCCGAACGUUACAUAAACAUUGACCGCUAUGUAGGACCCGAACGUUACAUAAACCUUGACCGCUAUGUAGGACCCGAACGUGACAUAAACCUUGACCGCUAUAUAGGACCUGAACGCUACAUAAACUUUGACCGCUAUAUAGGACCUGAACGCUACAUAAACCUUGACCGUUAUAUAGGACCCGAACGUGACAUAAACCUUGACCGCUAUAUAGGACCUGAACGUUACAUAAACAUUGACCGCUAUGUAGGACCCGAACGUGACAUAAACCUUGAAUGCUCUAUAGGACCUGAACGUUACAUAAACCUUGACCGCUAUGUAGGACCCGAACGUGACAUAAACAUUGACCGCUCUAUAGGACCCGAACGUUACAUAAACAUUGACCGCUAUGUAGGACCCGAACGUUACAUAAACCUUGACCGCUAUGUAGGACCCGAACGUGACAUAAACCUUGACCGCUAUAUAGGACCUGAACGCUACAUAAACUUUGACCGCUUUAUAGGACCUGAACGCUACAUAAACCUUGACCGUUAUAUAGGACCCGAACGUGACAUAAACCUUGACCGCUAUAUAGGACCUGAACGUUACAUAAACAUUGACCGCUAUGUAGGACCCGAACGUGACAUAAACCUUGAAUGCUCUAUAGGACCUGAACGUUACAUAAACCUUGACCGCUAUGUAUGA